AUGGAAUCAGAAGUGGCCUCCACAAAUGUUUCAAAAGACAGUGGAGUUGAAUCGAACAGUCACGAAACUCUUCUGAGCGAUGCAAAAAAUCAUUUGGAAAAUUCUCAACACAAUGAUUCAUCAUCCUUUGAAACGGACUCGACAAACAAAUCUGGUGCCUCACCCAAAUUACUGCACAGUGAGGAAAAUAAAAGUGUUAAAAAUCUAUCCAACGGAAGUGAUGAAGCAACGACUCCAGGCGAUAGCAUGUAUUUCUAUGAGGAUGAAGUGUUUCGCAUCGACAAGAAAGGGCGUGUUAAAUUUGGUGUAAUUAUGGAAACGCCAGCCGAUCAAGAUGAAGAAUUCGAAGAGUUAUUAUCGAAGGGCGAGGUUCGUGUAGUAUGGUGUCCUGGUGAAAAUGCUGAAGUGUGUUCUGAAAGCGAGAUUGGUUUAGCUGAUCGUACAUUAAUGCCUGGUGAUGUUGUUCGACGUCUGGUACGUGGUAAAGAAACACAGCGAGGCUAUUGUCGUGAUAUUGAUAUGAGAGCUGAUGUUCGAGUACUGGGUACUAAAUAUGUUAUCAAGAAUGUAAAUGCUGAACGCUUAAGAGCACUCUGCCCCUGGGAAAGGGAUAGUGCUGUAUAUCUCAAUUCAUGGGUAGGCAGUAUAAAAGAUGUGGAGAAAAAGGCCAUUCUAAGAGCAAUGAACGGAUGCCGCAUAGAAAUAUCAUCGAAACAUUUCUAUUUAUUUGAAGAUAUGUUUAAAGAUGAAAACUCAUUUUAUCCUGGUUGUACCAUUGUGGGAUAUAUGCCACCCCUUAAUGAAAUUAAAGUACUAACACCUGAUAUACCUUUGAGUAAAAGCAAAAAACGAAAACUACAUUCAAGAAAGUUCACCAUUGAAAGUGUUUACACCGAAUCAGUUUGGGUUCAUUGGCAUUGUAAAGCCUUGUCCGAUGAAACAAGUCUACAGGCUAUAACUCUACAGCCUCACCCGUGUGUUUCCGGUGAAGAUCUUAAAAAGUUAAAACGUUUAAAUCUCUUCGAAUCGUGUAUGCUACAGAUUGACAAUGAUAGUUAUUUAACAUUUUCAUCUUGUGAUACAGUAAUGAAAAAAUCCGACUGGGAAAAAGAGAUGUCAGCAAAAUAUAAAAUAAUAUUUGAAAAACAAAAAGAAGAACACCAAUCGAUGCUACUGAAUCCACCCACACUUAGUGGUCCAGGUGCCGGUGUUUCUGGUGGUACUUUGCAUCAUUACGAAAAAUUGAAAAAGAAGCAUAGCAUUGGUUUGGAUGAGAAAUCAUCAAAUAAACUGAAGCGUGGUCUAUUCAAGGGUGGCGGUAGUGACAAAUUCGGCAGCAAUCAUAACAAAGAUUCACCUAGUAACCGAAAACAAUCUACACCAUCAUCGCCUACAGAGAAAAAGGAUGACAGUGAAUGGUUAUCUGUUGAAGAAGACGACGAUGAUGAGGAAGAUGAUUUUGAUACAGAAGAAAGUCUUAAACUCCAUAAUGCCAAUGAUGAUGCUGUUAGUACAACCACCACAAUGUCAACAGGUUCAAGUCCAUCGCGAACCAGUCCCAUUCGUUUAAGCAAACGUCAAUUGAAGAAAGGGAAGUCGAGGAAGAAUUUUACCAAACCAUUUCUGAAUGAACCUAAAAAGGAUUUUGCACCUAAAGAAGGUGAUGAACUUGUAACCGGGUCUUUGUUAGUCUAUAGUACAGCAACGGUUGUGUGGCAGGAUGGUACGGUAGAAUGUGAUAUACCAUCAACCGAAUUGUAUCCCAUUCAUCAUGUAGAUAAUCAGGAAUUCUUUCCCGGAGAUUUUGUUAUAUCAGGAAUUGAAGAUGACGAAGCUAACUAUCGAGACUAUGGCGUAAUUCAAACAGUCGAUCAUGAAGGCAGAAUUGCUCAUGUUAAAUGGUUUACGACAUACACUUCUGCCGAUGAACCAAGGCCAGCCUAUAAAGGUGAAUCAGAGGUUAGUGUUUACGACUUAAAAGAUCAUCCAGAUUUCCAAUAUCGUCCCGGUACUAUGGUCAUUCGAGUGGCUAAUUUUGUGGGCGAUGAUGCCAAAUGUACAGCUGGACAAAUCAUAGAUAAUCACAUUGAUGGUCGUGUUAAAGUAUGGUGGGUUCAUGGCCACAUUAGCAUGUGCUGGCCCCAAGACCUUUUCGAAGUUGGUCAAUAUGACAACGGUGACUGGGGUCAGGAUUCGGAAGACUCUUGGGAAACUGAGUCGGAAAAUAGUGAAUUUGGUGGUGGUGGCGGUAGCAGCAGCUUAAAAUUGUCCAUGUCGCAAUCUCAUGUAUUGUCAAAUAUUGAAAAGGCCCGGGUGGCGGUAGCUCGCUUAGAAGAAAUCUUCAAUAUAAGCCCAAAUUUGCAAAAUCCAGAGGUUAUGCGUAAGCUUUUGGAUGUUUAUAAAGGUUGUCGCUAUCUAGAUCGUCUAUUAAAUACCAAUUUUUUCCAUGAGGACAAUUUUAUGGGUUUAAUUGAACGUGUUCGCCGUGGUGGCAAUCAAACCAUCUGCGAUCGUGUCCAUGAUCAAAAGAAUCGCUUAUUUAACGAUGGUGGAGGACCAACUGCAGCCAGCACAAGUCCUAGCCCAAAUCAAUCUCAUCCACAACAACAUUACCAAUACUACAGUGCCAUUGUGGCUGUGAAUAGCGGCCAAAAGCCUUCUAUACAAUCAACGCAACAUAUGCAAUCGUUUCCAGGUCCACCAUCUAAGGAAUAUGCACCGAAAGUUCUCUUCAACCUUUCUUCCACGCCUUUCAAAUGUUCCAGCGGCAGUCAUGUGGCGAAUUCACCAAGCCAAUUAGGUAACGCAUCCAAUAAUACAAGGCGACGUUACUCGUCAACACCUGCCACCCAUCAGUCUUCUCCACCGAGAAGACGCGAAAAUGUGCCAACAGAGUAUCAAAAAUCAGAGCCUGGCUGUGAUCUGAAUGUUGUAGAAACUCCGAAUUCGACUGUGGCUAAUAUGCCACAAAUUGAAAUAUCACCCAACAAAACUAAGCUUUAUAAUGCUGAGAAACAUCAACUGCUCAACUCAGCCAUGCUUAAUAUUGAAAAGGCCUUUGAAAAAACAAGUCAAUUGAAAACGUUUAUAGAUGGCAGUGGUGAUGAUUCCGGUAAUUAUUCUCGCAACGAAAACUGUGAUGGCAGCUCAACAAGCUGUACUAGUUCCUCCGAUCUUACAAAUAUCGAUACCAAUAAUUCAAUAACCAAAGUAAACGAUAAUCAAAAAUCUGUAUCAUGUAGUAGCAUAGAAUUGCCCGAGGAUGGUCCACCCGAAUUCGUUUGCGUUCGCCUCUGUUCACUGCUCAAGGAACAAUUGGUGAAAUGUUUAGAUGAGAUUCGGGAAAAAUACUACAAAGAUGAUCAAUUGAAUUUGAGUGAUAUUUUCGAUGUUUACGACGAAACAUUGGAAACAGUUGUAGACUUUGAAAGUACUCAGGAUGAUGAAAAUGUUGAAAACGAUAAAAAUACCAAAGAUUGUGUAAAGCAAGAUGAUGCAGCAGCAGCAGCAGUUGUGGAAGUACCAACGCCCGAAGCCAAAGAUGGUAAUACCAAUAAAACAAUUGUGACAUCAUCACCCACUGUAAAUGAUGAUGGCAGUAAUCAAACGACAAUUGAAGCUGGUCUUCAUGUUUUGAAUUCGAGUACCGAAUGUUUCCAACUAUUACCCACUGCGCCAAAAUCCCAUAAAUUCCAUUUAACUAUAAUUCAUCCAAGUAAUACGCAACAAUAUUAUAAGGCUGUGCAAAAGGAACAUCGUAUGCUGAAGAGUUCAUUACCGCCGGGAGUGUGGGUGAGAGUUUUUGAAGACCGUAUGGAUUUGCUAAGUGUUAUGAUUGAAGGACCCAAAAAUACUCCAUACGAAGAUGGCUUGUUCUUUUUCGAUAUACAAUUGGGCCGUGACUAUCCAAAACUUCCACCACGCUGUCAUUACAUUAGCUAUUGCUCGGAUCGUUUGAAUCCAAAUCUCUAUGAGGAUGGCAAAGUUUGUGUAUCACUGCUGGGAACAUGGACCGGCAAGGAUAGUGAAAUGUGGGGUCCCAAGAGUACAUUGCUGCAAGUGAUUGUGUCCAUACAGGGUCUUAUACUGGUGCCUGAGCCAUAUUUCAACGAAGCUGGUUAUGAUAAACAAAAAGAUACCCAACAAGGCCGUGAAAAUUCACGAAUGUACAAUGAAAUGGUCAUGAUUAAAAUGGUACAAGCAACCACAAAGCUAAUACAAAAUCCCCUAGAAAUAUUUCGCAAUGAAAUUCUAAUCCAUUACAAAAAUAAUGGCAUGCAGAUGUAUGAACGUAUCAAGGGUUGGAUUGAAUUAUCAAAAGAAAGUAGCAAAAAUUCAAAGGAAGGCGAUAAUAAAACAAAUGAUGGUAUAUAUAAUUGAAUUAUGUGUUAGUAUUGUUAGUAUAAUGUAUGUAUUAUUUCUCUUCUAGUUAACCCUACAAAACCGACAUCUGCCUAUUGUAUGCCUGAGUUCCCUUUGGUACCAGCUAGUCGUGGAUUUUGUUUAACAUUGGCCGGCUUGCUUGAAAACUUUAAAAAGAAAUUGGCUUCACACAUUGAUAAUGCCAUUAUUGUAGAAUCUCCAAACGAAUAG